UCAGUCACAAAAACAUGGCCGCCGCAUUUGCCGUGUCAAAAUUUGUACUUGGAAUUAUGGUGCAAAAUCUGUGAUAAUUAGCUGUUCUUCCAUAGUUCUCAGGAUGAGUUCUGAGGAUUUGGAAGGUUCUGUUGCUAGUGGAGGGGACUCUUCGACGUCCAGUGGUCUCGGUGCCUUCCAUUGUGAUGGGCUGAGAGCGUCCGAUGUUCUCCCUAUCCUGAGAGAGAAGAUUGCUUAUUGCUCAGGAGGGAGAGAUAAGCGAGGUGGCCCCAUCCUUACCUUCCCUUCCAGACCCAACCUGGAUAAAGUCAAACCGGAGGACCUGCGGCGAGUCGUCUACUACCUCAGCACAAUACCGAGUGAUGAGGCCAGGGACCUAGGCUUCACUGUCAUCAUUGACAUGAGAGGAUCCACCUGGAGUAACAUCAAACCAGUCCUCAAGGUCUUACAGGAAUGCAUACCUGACCACAUCCACAUAGUCCACAUCAUCAAGCCUGAGAAAUUCUGGCAGAAACACAGGACGAGUCUGGGCAGCUCCAAACUCAAGUUUGAAACCAGCAUGAUAUCCCAGGAAAGCUUGCACAAGGUCAUCGACCCCUCACAACUCACACCUGAACUGGACGGCACAUUAACCUACGAACACGAAGAGUGGAUCCAACUCAGAAUGGCCGUGGAGGAUUUCCUGACAAAGGCCUCGGAGCUCAUGCACCGCCAAGACCACCUGAAGCGGGACAUGAACUGCACUAACUUCUCCAUGACAAUACAGGGCGCUCAGCAGCAGAUUGAGGAGCACACGCACCUGCGGGAACAGGUGAUGGAGAUCCCCGUGGAGCAGAUCAACCAGGACGGACAGAAGCUUCUUAGGAGAAUUUGCAGUGGUUUCAACGGCGACGAGUCAACCACCACCGACUCGGGUUACUCAGGCAGCUCCCACGGCAGCUUCACCAGCAUGUCUAGCAUAGCGGCCAGCGCCGACUUCCAUGGUGUGGUACCCCGCGUCAAUCGCAUGAUGGACAGUGUGACGGCCACCAGGCAGCAGCUGCACCAACUCUGGCAGAUCAGGAAGAUGAAGCUGGAACAGUGUCUGGAACUCAGAUUGUUUGAACAAGAUGUUCAGAAGAUGUUUGAAUGGCUGGCCCAUCAAAAGGAACUGUUCCUUCUCAACCACACCGAGAUUGGCACCUUGUCAGAGACUGGGGAGGAGUUACAGGAAGAACACAACCGCUUUGCUACCCAAGCUAUGGGUAUGUACGUCCACAUCAACCAGAUUGUAGGAAUCGCCUCGCGCCUCAUGGAGUCCGGCCAUUACGCAGCUGAGCAGAUUGAACGGCUGACCCACAAGCUGGACCAGAAGUGGCGUGCGUUUGCCGUAGCCUUGGAUGAGAGGAGCACACUGCUGACUAUGUCUGUGGCUUUCCAUCAGAAAGUGGAAGAGUACAUGUCCAAUUUGUAUGGCUGGGCGGAGCAGUGCCAGGAGGAGGAGGAGAUACCGACGGAGAUACCAGAGCUGGAGACCAAACUCCAUCAUCACCAGAAACUCUUUGAGACCAUCAGCCAGUGCUACUCUGAUCUCUGUGCCGACGGCAAGUCGUUGCUGGACGCCUUACAGCAACCGCUCAGUCCCGAGAGCGAGAACUCCGUCACGGCUCAGACAGACUACUCGGCCUCGGCCAGUCACGUCUUGGAUCUGAUCCACAAGGUGCUUCACCACCACCGACAGCUGGAUGAACUGUGGCAGGCUAAGAAGAUGGCGCUGUACCAACGCAUCCAGCUAUGUGUGUUCCAGCAGGACGCGGCACAGGUGCUGUACUGGUUGGAGAAUUACGGGGAGGAGUUUUUGGCCAAGCACACCGGCGUCGGUAAGACGCUGCACAAAGCCCGAGCCUUGCAGAAGAAGCAUGAGGAAUUUGAAGCCAUUGCUCAGGUAAGUCAAUGGAUACCGUCUGACCUGUCCAUUGUGGACACUUGUACUAUCUGGCCGGCUUGUUAUGAUGUCAGUGUAUACAGGAAAACCUGUGUAUUGUGGCAACCUUUAUCGUGA